AUGUUAAUUUACAAAUCAAUAUUACCAAUGGCGUUAUUAUUAGGGUUCAGUGUGACUAGUGCAGAUUUAAUUAUACAGAGACGUGUUCCUCGGAGGCAUACCCAAUUUACAAGAUGCAUAAUGCUAAUCAUCCACCACUUGCGGACUUCUUAGAGAAAACUCCAGUUGCUAUAAUGGCAGACGAAGAUGCAAUACUCCAUAUGAAGAAAAUGGCCGUAAAUGAAGUAAGUGACGCAACCGAUACAAGAAGCACAGAGAAUCACCGUGCUGGAAAUCUAAUGCUUUUAGGUGGAAUACAAGAUUAUGAAGAAAGAAUAAUUCAAAAACCGAAAGCCCGAUCAGUAAAUAUAAAACGUUCUGAAUUAGAUGAAACAAAGACACCGGCGCUUGCAGACUACGACAAUAAACCAAGAAGGAAAAUACGAAGGAGGCUGCAACAAGUAAGGAAAGUCAAAGUAAAUAAAAGCCAACUUGAUGUUUUUGUUAACGAAACAGAAGCCGAAGCAGCUAAAGUAACAACAACAGAAACAACAGCAAAAUCUGAGGAAGUUUACAAGGAGGAGCAACAGUCAUACGCUACUCAAACUUUCAAACGAAGGAAGGGAAUGCGAGCACCUGUGGUUCCUAUAAUUGAUUCGCAAAACUAUGUUUUUUCGCAUUCUGGAAACUUCCACUACAGCUAUGAAGGCGGAGACGGCACAAAAGCUUACGAGAGGGGUCAAUUAAAACAGUCAAAUGGAGGUGCCGGCAGCGCAGUUGAGGGAAACUUCUCCUACAAAGAUAAAGACGGCAAUGACUACAGUUUGCAAUACACAGCGGACGAAAAUGGAUACAGGCCAGUCGGGGCACAUUUACCCACACCUCCACCUAUUCCUCCAGAGAUUAAACGUGCUUUGGAAUACCUCGCCACCAAGACCACUGAGUCAGUAGAAGUGACGGAGAGAAUGUGGACCCAUAACUAA